ACGUGGAGAGGCCAAUUAUUCUCUAGAAGAAGAUCGUAUAGGCAUGAACGAGCUGUCACCCGAUGAGCUCCGACGGCGACGUCUAGCUCGUUUGUCUGGAUCAGCAACGGCUCCUAGGGAGGAGGUAAGGAAAGAAGAAGAACAGGACAGAUCACAGGAUGAGAAAAUAGUGCCUGAAGAGAGCGAGAUGCUCUCACAAACGGAUGAAACAAGCUGUGAGGCGAGCCUGGAAAGUCAGACUCAACCGAUGGAGACCGUAGAGGCUACAGAAUUUGAGUCUCGAAUAGAUCAAGAGGAGAAACAUGAAAGAAAGGAAAACCAAGCGUUUGUCAUGAUGACUUGUCUGGCGAAAUUGCUGAGUGUGGAUGUGAAGGUUGAUACACCAUCUCCUGAAGCAACCUGUCUCUUGUUGCUCACCGACAUUUCAACCAACGAUUCAGACGUUUGUAAUCUUGAUGAUUUAGUGGGACAAGUUUUAAUGGAGAGACUGUCGAGACUGGAAAGUGCUGAGGCAAUGAUCGAGUAUCUAGUACAGUGUUAUGAACAGUCGUGUGCAGAAGAUAGAAGAAAGUCAACCUCAGCAGUACAAGUCGAAUGUGUUCGUGUGGUUCGUAACUCCACCGUCUCACACGCGGCUCUAGUCUUACAACAAGCCAUUGGCCAAUAUGACGGCAAAUCUCCGUUGAUACCUUUCCUUCUCAACACGCAUGCGACUACAUUGCCCAUGAAUUUCAUGAUAGAUUUGAUGGCAGAAUGCAAUGGGCUAUCAGACUGCUUACAGGAAGUGUUUGGUUAUAUUGCUGAUGGUUUGGUUGGUCGGUUGCGAAGCUCUUCACUCGUCAGUGAUGAGUUCAAACAGCCACUGAUGGUUCUUUCACAAUUGGCAGAAACCAAGAUUCACAAAACUCGGCUCUUCUGUCAAGUGUUGGUUAAUCACAAGAGUUUUCUACCGUCCACAUUAGACAGGGUCUCGCAAGCUACGUUACUUCAAGAAAACUCAAUUUUAGGACCAUUGAUGGCUCUGACAGCAUUUCCGGACGAAAGUCCUUCAGUUGCUCAGCAUUUCUUUUACGGUGACAUCUCUCCUGAGAUGGUGAAUAUGUCAUACUCAACUCUUCAGAAUGCACUCCAAUUUGUCAGAAGACAUUCGUAUAGUGUUGUGCACAGUCUAUUGUUGGAGAAACAGAGUCGAGGGGUUGUGAUGGAGUUUCUACAGACAGUCAUCAAUAGCAACAGAGAGAGAACUUGCAUGCCCUAUCGUAUGAACAAAACGUUCAAUGAUGGGUUUAGUCUCAAUUUCAUGUCAGUUAUGCAACAGCUAGCUGUCAGGGUCAAAGUCAAUCAGGUUGAUCCUCUUUAUCUUCAUCAUCCAAAAUGCCGUUUGGAUCUUUCUCAAGAGAGUCGUCUCCACUCAUCUGCUGCUUCCAAGGAACUCUCCGAAUGGACAACAACUCUUGCUGAUGAGAACAAAUUUCAGGACGUCAAAUUUUCUACGGAAUGUUUUUUCAUGACGUUGGUAGCUCAUCACGUGAGCCUCGUUCCUACUCUGAAGUUUUAUGAAAGCAAAGUGAAGAAAAUGAAGCAAUUAGCAUUGUUUAUUCGCGAUAUGGAAAUGGUAGAAAAUUUAGAUGAGGAACAUCAAGCGAAGCUGACUGAACUGAAAUCAAGAAUGAAGACUAUAGUCAGUAAUCGGCUUUGCAUGGAGGCAUCUGUUUUGGACAAAUCUUUGCUGUCAAACUGUCUGAUGUUUUACGCAUCUACAUGUCAAUGGAUGGCAACGAUCAUAGAUCCUUCACCUCACAGCUUGUUGCUUCCGGAAAAUGUGCCUAUGGAGUUUGCAUCUAUUCCUGAAUUUUUUGUUGAAGAUGUUGCAGACUUCUUUGUCUUUCUUCUUCAAUAUGCUCCUGCCGUCUUGGAUGAGUUGUAUGUGAGAGACGUUAUGAAUCUUUUUGUACUUCUUGUGUGCUGUGGCAGCCGGUUUAUCACGAAUCCUUAUCUUAUAGCUAAGUUGAUUGAGGUAAUGUAUGUUGUGACUCCAUCAGUCCACAUGCACCCAAAAACGACUAAAAUAAUUGAUAUUAUCGUAUCGCACUCACUGGGAGCCAAACACCUGGCCCCAUCACUCAUGAAGUUCUUCUCAGAUGUUGAAACAACAGGAGCUUCGUCGGAGUUUUUUGACAAGUUUAGCAUACGAUAUCACAUUGCUGUCAUGUAGUUGUGGAAGAGUCGAGCGCAUCAUGAAACCGUUGUACAAUUGAGCAGUGACAUGUCAGCCAAUUCUACUUUUAUUCGAUUUAUUAACAUGCUGAUGAACGACACCACCUACCUCCUUGACGAGUCACUCGACUGUCUCAAGGCAAUUCGCGACACACAAGACGCAAUCGCCAACAAAGAAUCGUGGCAAGAGCAACCACAAGAACUGAGAGAAACAAGACUCAGACAGUUGGAGAGUGACGAGAGAAAAUGCAGGUCAUACCUGACGCUCACAAUGGCUACGUUGGAUAUGAUGCAUUACUUGAGUCAAAGUCUGCCAGAUCCGUUUCGGCGACCGGAGAUUGUUGAUCGGUUGGCUGCAAUGUUGAAUUUCAAUCUGACGCAGUUGUGUGGUCCCAAGUGUCAGGAUCUUGAUGUUCAAAAUCGUAAGAAAUAUAACUUCAGGCCACGGCAGCUGCUUGAUCAAUUAGUUGAUAUCUACUUACAUCUUGACAACAAGCAAUUUAUUGCUGCAGUAGCUAAAGACGAUAGAUCGUAUCGGUCAGAGCUUUUAGACAAUGCAAUAAGACAACUGAGGAAGGCAAAUAUUAAACCUGAGGCUGAAAUCAUGCGUCUGAAAGACUUCUCUGCUCGCAUCGACCAGCAAUACAUCAGAACUUGUCGAGCAGCAGUUACUCUCAACGACAUCCCCGACGAAUUCAAAGAUCCCUUGAUGGACACUCUGAUGAGGGACCCCGUCUUACUACCAAGCGGUGUUGUCAUGGACCGUGCAGUCAUUACACGGCAUCUCCUCAAUUCGAAUACCGACCCGUUUAAUAGACAAGCACUCAGUCUUGACAUGCUGAUUCCAAAACCCGAACUGAAGGAACGCAUCAACCAAUGGAUUCACGAGAAAAUGGCCGACAUGAAGCAACAGCAACAGGAGCAGAAGCCAAGUGACUAAAUGUUUUAUACAUUGUACAUAGACGGUAGGAUAUACGACAAGAAAUAUAUUGAUUACAGUUUACAUUGUUAAUAUCCGUUGA